AUUAACAUUGAAUAUAUUUAUAUGUUACGUUUCCUGGAAGCUAAGGCUACCGAUUUUUCUUCGCACGAAUUAUCUCCCGCGUUUCUUCGAAGAUCAAAAACAUUUUGGGGUUUUUGGUGAAUGACGAGUGCUUCGGAGUUAUUCUACACGCGAAGGUCGAGAGUGGGUCGGUCCGAUCCUGAUCCAGGGAUUGGGUCCUCAAUUGAUCGGAAUUACAACCGCCGCCAUCAUCUCAGUCAUCACAAUCACAGGCAUGAUUUGGACGGUUGUGAUAAUCUCCGCCGGUCCUCCCACUUGCGCCACGUCACCCCUCGUGCAUCCGCCCCCUCCGAGCGUGCAUCAAUGCGAUUUGAUCAAGGCAGUAGCCAAUUUGUAUCUACCAAUGGUUUAAAUCCUGACGGUGUGAGCAGCUCAAGUCGGCAAAGUUUGAGUUCGAAUGAGAGGCUUCCUGGAGCUGUGCUGCUUGCAAGAGCAAGGCUUCUUGAGAGACUAAGAGGCGUGUCUGUUUCUGCAAACAGGCCAAGCAGCAGAGCUCCACCUAGCACGUAUCAAAGAGAGUAUUUAUUGGGUGACGAUUUGAGGCUCGUUGAUUCAGGGGACUGGGGAAGUGAAAUUUCUACAGGACAGUCAGCUGGGAGCUCCCCUUUUUCUGACCUAACCUCUCAAACAGAAAGGUUUCAAAUAUUACAAGAAACUAACAAGAAGCCUCCUGGUCUUACUCAGGAGGUCCUGGACAGUUUGCCACAUGAGGUUUUCAGCAGCGGAGAUGUGGAUGAUGAAAGAAAGUUGUCAAGGGAAUCAAGGGAUUGCAGUAUAUGUCUGGACAGCUUCAGGGACGAAGAUGCUCAUACACGGCUGCCGUGUGGGCACAGGUUUCACUUGGCUUGCUUAGAUCCUUGGGUUAGAACUUGUGGGGACUGCCCUUACUGUAGAAGAAGUAUAUUAUAAAAGUAAUCCGAAUCAUCAAUAGAACAUAACAUAAGGCUUUUCUUUUUACUGUUUCUCUUGUCUGGUGAAAAUUUUGAGUCAACCCAAUUGCAGAUGCAUUUUGUAAUUUGAACUCUACUGUAUUUGUGGUGUAUUUUGUAAAAAAUAGUUUAAUUGGUAUUCACCAUAGUCUUAGCCUUUUCCCCAAAUCUUGUUCAUCUAAAUUUGAGAAGAAAAUUCCCAAGUCAUUUCAUUUGUGCAGCUUGCAAAAACAAAAUAACAUGUGUUGACUUAAGUCGGUUUCUGUGUCUUUCUGUCAGCCUUACUUAUUUCACACAAUGCAAUAAUCUUUGAAUGCCCCAAGAAA